AUGGGAUGUGGUAGUUCCACAAAUGCCUACUACUUCCUGCGGAAAUCGGAAAAAGCCUUCAAGGCCGCUGUCCUGAUCCAAAGAUGGUAUCGACGCUAUGUUGCCCGGCUAGAGAUGCGCCGAAGGUGCACAUGGAGAAUUUUCCAAUCCAUAGAGUACUCCUGUGAGCAGGAUCAGAUCAAGCUUCACAACUUCUUCAGCUACCUUAUGGACCACUUCACACCAAGCAGCAGCAAAGAGAGGGACUUCAUUAGCCGCAUGUUGACGGAGGAAGAAAGCUACAAAGACACAGAGCUGGAAAAACUCUGCGACUAUGAAUCUGUAGAGGUGCCAGAUUCCUACACUGGACCCCAUCUCUCCUUCCCACUGCUGCCUGAUCAUGCAACUGCCUUACUAGAAGCUUUCAAACAGAAACAUCAGCUCCAUGCUCAUUAUGUCUUAAAACUCCUGCACGAGACCAGGAGACAUCUCAUGCAGCUGCCAAACAUCAAUCAUGUCUCCACCUGCUACAGCGAGGAGAUCACCGUCUGCGGAGACUUGCAUGGCCGGCUGGAUGACUUGUUUCUGAUAUUUUACAAGAACGGCCUUCCCUCCCCGGAGAAGUCCUAUGUGUUCAACGGGGAUUUUGUAGACCGAGGCAAACAGUCCGUUGAGAUCUUGAUCAUUCUCUUUGCCUUUCUCUUGGUGUACCCGAAGGAGGUUCAUCUGAACCGCGGAAACCACGAGGACCACAUGGUCAACUUACGCUAUGGUUUCACCAAGGAGGUCAUGCAAAAAUACAAGGUGCAUGGGAAGAAAAUUCUGAAGAUGCUCCAGAAUGUCUUUUGCUGGCUGCCACUGGCCACCUUAAUCGAUCAGAAAGUCUUGAUUCUACACGGCGGGGUGUCUGACAUGACUGACCUGGAGUUGCUGGCCAAAAUCCAAAGGCACAAGUUUGUUUCCGUGUUAAGGGGCAAAAAGAGAAAAGAGAAGAGUAGACACGUGGACUCCAAAGCGAUAAACGGUGAGAGCCCUGUGGGUGUCGAUCCUCCGAGGAGCAGUUCGUUCCCUGGCUCAUGCCUCCCGCCUGGGCUAGCUAGCACUGCUAGCACGGCCAGCAGGACGGAGCUCUCCCAAUGGGUCUGGCAGACGGUCCAAGAGGAGCUGGAGAAGUGCCGCAGGCAGGUGGGGUUCUGUGAGACUCCGGGAGACAAGGAGCUCACCUCCGCCAGCUCUGUCACCAUGACCGAGUCAGAGCUGGAGUCCUGUGAAACAAGCGAGUCGAGCCAAGAAGAGUGGAAGCAGAUUGUAGAUAUAUUGUGGAGUGACCCUAUGCCUCAGGAGGGCUGUAAAAUGAAUACGGUGCGAGGAGGCGGCUGCUACUUUGGGCCGGAUGUGACAGAGAAGAUUCUCCAGAAGCACAGUCUGCAGUUCCUGAUCCGCUCUCAUGAGUGCAAGCAGGAAGGCUAUGAGUUCUGCCACAAUCGAAAGGUACUGACCAUAUUUUCUGCUUCAAACUAUUAUGAGAUUGGCAGUAACAGAGGAGCCUAUGUGAAACUGGGGCCGGAUCUGAUCCCUCAUUUUGUGCAGUAUCAAGCUAACAAGACAGCCCAUACGUUAACUAUGAGACAAAGGAUCAGCAGAGUGGAGGAGUCAGCCUUCCGCGCGCUCAGGGAGAAGCUCUUUGCUCACACAUCGGACCUCAUCUGUGCAUUUAAGGGCUACGACCAGGAUGAAACCGGAACCAUCACACUGAGUGACUGGGCAACUGCGGUGGAGUCAGUCUUGCAUUUAGGGCUGCCCUGGCGGAUGCUGAGGCCACAGCUGGUGCGCAGCACUGCAGGGGGCCUGCUGGAGUACAAAUCCUGGCUGGAUGACUUAGCUGUGGAACAACGGAGCAAAGAGCACAUACAGUCAAGCUUGCUAGAAACCAUUUAUCGAAACAGAUCCAACCUAGAGACCAUCUUCAGGAUCAUAGAUAGCGAUCAUUCAGGGCUCAUUUCAUUUGAGGAAUUCCACCAGACCUGGAAGCUAUUCAGCUCCCACAUGAACAUUGAGCUCACAGAUGACGGCAUCCGUGACCUGGCCCGCAGCAUAGAUUUCAACAAGGAUGGAAACAUAGACUUCAACGAGUUCCUUGAGGCCUUCCGCCUCAUUGAACACACUCACUGUGAUGAUAAAGCAGCAGAGAUGGCUGGUAGUGGCUGCCCCAAUAGCUAA